AUGUCCCUUCACGCCGCCGAUACCAAGGAUGCUGUCCACGAUCCUAUCGACGAGAAGUCUUCUGGCGUUCAGACCGACAUUGAGGCUGUCUCUGAGCAGGAGCCCGAAGAUAUCAUCGAGUUCGACGAGAAGAAGGAGCUCAAGCGUGGUCUAGAGCAACGGCACAUCCAGAUGAUUGCUCUUGCCGGUACCAUUGGAACAGGUCUGUUCCUUAGUUCCGGCAAGGCCAUCGCCCGAGGAGGACCAGUUGGCGCUUUGAUGGGUUACACCUUCGUUGGUGUUUUAGUGUCCGGCGUUGUCCUUUCAAUUGCCGAAAUGGCAGCCCUUGUUCCUCUCUCGGGCGGCAUCGUUCGUCACGCGGAUUAUUUCGUCGAUCCCGCUCUCUCUUUCGCCCAAGGGUGGAACAGCAUCUACUCUCAAUGCGUCGGCCUCCCUGCCGAGAUUGUAGCCGCAGCGGUGCUUAUUCAAUAUUGGACGACAAUCAGCAAUGGCCUGUGGAUCACCAUCCUAGGUCUUCUCAUCGUCGCCACCAAUUUGUUCUUCGUUCGCUUCUAUGGAGAGCUCGAGUUUGGUUUCUCUAUUUUGAAAAUCAUGCUCAUCAUAGGCUGUAUCAUCAUGGGUCUCGUUAUCGAUCUCGGAGGAGGCCCGGAUCACCAUCGCUACGGCUUCCAGUACUGGAGGAACCCGGGCCCUUUCGUCCAAUACCUCGGCAUUGAGGGCUCACUUGGUCAUUUCCUCGGUUUCUGGACAACCUUCUCCAACGCUGCCUACGCUUACUCUGGUGUUGAGGGUAUCGCCAGCGCUGCUGCGGAGACACGCAACCCCCGUCAGAACAUUCCAAAGGCGGCGAAACGUAUCUUCUUCCGUGUCCUCAUAUUCUACGUCGUUUCGAUCUUUGUCGUCACCCUCAUCGUUCCAUCCAACGACGUGAACCUCCUCUCCAGCACGGGCAAUGCUGCCCAGUCUCCUCUGGUUAUUGCCGCCUCUCGCGCUGGAAUCAGCGUCGUUCCACACAUCAUCAACGCCGUCGUUCUGACCUCUGCUUGGUCGUCCGGUAACAGCGGCAUGCUUGGUUCCUCCCGUGCGCUCUAUGGCCUUGCGCGCGAAGGUCAUGCUCCCAAGAUCUUCCUUCGUGUCAACCGCUUCGGUAUUCCAUACGUCGCGGUAUUGUUCAUCUGCUGCUUCAUCUCCCUCGGAUACAUGUCUCUGCAAGACAGCGCUUCCACCGUGUUCUCGUGGCUCCAGGACCUCGUCUCCGCCGCUGCCCUCGUCCACUGGAUCAUCAUCUGCCUCGUCUACCUCCGUUUCUACUACGGUAUGAAGAAACAGGGCAUCAGUCGCGACGAGCUCCCAUGGAAGGGGCCCCUCCAGCCCUACGCCGCAUGGACGGGUCUCGUCUCCUUCUCCAUCAUCCUCCUCACCGCCGGCUACGCCGUCUUCAUCAAGGGCGACUGGGACACCGAGACGUUCUUCUCCGCAUACUUCAACAUCCCGCUCAUCUUUGUGCUGUACUUUGGCUACAAGUUCUCAAGGAAGACGAAGAUUGUGGCUUUGGAGGAUAUCCCGAUCCGACAUUUCUUGGACCUGGCUCGCGACAACCCGGAGCCUCCUAUCAAGUCGCCCAAGGGGUGGAGGAGGCUGAAUAUCUUGUGGUCUUAG